AUGGCUGCAUACGCAAAUCCCACCCAAAUUUUUGCCGACGAUGUGCAAGAAGAAAAAGGCGAAAAUGCGCGUCUCUCUGCCUUCGUCGGUGCAAUCGCAGUUGGGGACCUAGUGAAAUCCACCCUCGGCCCCAAGGGUAUGGACAAGAUUCUUCAAUCCGCUUCGACGGGAGAGAUAAUGGUGACCAACGACGGUGCCACAAUACUCAAAUCGAUCGCCCUCGACAACGCCGCCGCAAAAGUCCUCGUCAAUAUAUCGAAAGUCCAAGAUGAUGAAGUGGGAGAUGGCACCACGUCAGUCACGGUUUUGGCAGCAGAAUUACUACGAGAAGCAGAGCAACUAGUGAACCGCCACAUCCACCCCCAAACGAUCAUCGAAGGCUACCGUCUCGCAUCUCAAGCCGCUCUACAAGCGCUAGAAAAAUCGGCUGUGGACAAUUCAAAAACCCCCGAGCUUUUCCGGAAAGACCUCCUGGCAAUCGCUCGCACAACUCUAUCCUCAAAGGUCCUCUCUCAGGAUCGACACCAGUUCGCCAAUCUGGCGGUUGACGCCGUCCUGCGGCUGAAAGGGUCUGUCGAUCUAAACCACAUCCAAAUCAUCAAGAAAUCCGGGGGGAAGCUGUCCGACUCUUACCUGGACGAGGGAUUCAUCCUUGACAAGCGCAUUGGCGUCAACCAACCGAAGAGGUUGGAAAAUGCAAAAAUACUCGUUGCGAAUACUGCAAUGGACACGGAUAAAGUGAAAAUCUGGUCUGCCCGGAUGAAAGUCGGUUCCACAAAGGAACUAGCGGACUUAGAAAAAGCUGAGCGGGAGAGAAUGCGGGCAAAGGUCGAGCGGAUCAAGCAACAUGGCAUAAACUGCUUCAUCAACCGACAAUUGAUCUACAACUGGCCGGAACAACUGUUUACCGAAGCGGGAAUAAUGUCCAUUGAGCAUGCUGAUUUCGACGGUGUGGAACGUCUGGCUUUGGUUACGGGCGGAGAAAUUGCUAGCACUUUCGACCACCCGGAGUCCGUCAAACUUGGGCACUGCGACUUGAUUGAGGAAAUCAUCAUCGGCGAAGACACGUUGAUCAAAUUUUCCGGCGUGGCAGCGGGUCAGGCCUGCACCAUCGUGCUAAGGGGUGCAACGGAACAACUUCUGGACGAGGCGGAGCGCAGCCUGCACGAUGCUCUUGCUGUGUUGUCACAGACCGUCAAGGAACCCCGCGUUGUCCUGGGAGGCGGCUGUUCCGAGAUGGUGAUGGCAAAAGCCGUGGAUUCCCUCGCGCAGAAGAUCCCCGGUAAAAAGCGAUUUGCUGUUGACUCUUUUUCAACAGCCUUACGUCAACUCCCUACCAUCCUUGCAGACAAUGCCGGCCUUGACUCUUCGGCUUUGGUCUCAGAGUUGAGAAGCGAGGUAUAUAGAGGCAUGACGAGUUCAGGCUUGGAUCUCUUGACUCCCGGGGGCGGUAUUGCUGAUAUGCGAGAGCUGGGCGUGAUUGAGAGUUACAAGUUGAAGAAAGCGGUGGUAGGGAGCGCCAGCGAGGCGGCUGAGUUGUUGCUGCGAGUGGAUGAUAUUAUUCGGGCCGCACCCAGGAGGAGAGAGCGGAUGUAA